GCUACCCAAGUCCCGUACUGGGGCAGGAACCGUGAAGCAAAGUGCGAAGAGAACCUGGAGGGACAACGGUGAAGACCUGUGAAAGAGCUCGUUUGGUCAUGGCUGAAGAGGCUGAAUCAUAACAUACUGGUUUUCUGUUUUACCAGGUUUUUAUUUGUAGUGUUUGCGAGGAAGGACCGGUGUUGGAUCGCGGAUUUUUUUGGCUGAAAAGUUUGCAGCUCGACAGACGCCAGUAGCAGAGGACGGCUUUUGCUCUCGCUAUUGUUGCCACCUCUUCGCACAACAAAGGCGAACAGGAUGGUGUCCUGGCUAAUCUCGAGGAGCGUUGUGCUGCUUUUUGGAACGCUGUAUCCAGCUUAUUACUCUUACAAAGCUGUCAAGACCAAGAAUGUCAAAGAAUAUGUGCGCUGGAUGAUGUACUGGAUUGUAUUUGCACUCUACACAGUGGCCGAGACCAUCACUGACCUAACCCUCUCAUGGUUCCCUCUAUACUAUGAGCUGAAGGUAGCGUUUGUGAUCUGGCUGCUGUCUCCAUACACUCGUGGUGCCAGCCUCAUCUACAGGAAGUGUCUGCACCCACUGCUGUCGUCCCGAGAGAGGGAAAUAGAUGAGUACAUUGUGCAGGCGAAGGAGAGGAGCUAUGAAACCAUGGUGAACUUUGGGAAACAGGGCCUGAACAUUGCGGCCACAGCUGCUGUAACUGCUGCAGUCAAGGGUCAGGGAGCCAUCACAGAGAAGCUUCGGAGCCUGAGCAUGCAUGACCUGAGCCAGAUUGGCCAACGCGACGAACAAGGAAACCAACUCUACCCCUACAGCUCGCAGGCAUCCAACCCGGCAAUGAGGAGGGCCCACAGUACAGAUACUCCUGAUGGAGAUGAGUACCUCUAUGAUGAGCACACAGAUGAGGAGGCAGAGCCCACAUUCUCUGAAGAUGAAGCCGUGACUCAGAAAGGACUGAGGCGCUCUCAGAGUGUAAAACUGACACGCUCCAAACUGCGUAAAGACGCCAGAUACGGAUCACUGAAGAUUAAAGGGAAGAAGAGGCCAACACUAAACUCUGUCAACUACAUGUGAACAGCCUGAGCUUCAUACUACUCUGAUUGGUGGAUCCUGGUGUCCCCCAGCCUCCUGUUACUCUGAUUGGUGAAUCCUGGUCUCCAGUGGCACAAGCUGGUCUCUGGUUGGUGACUUCAUGUCAGUCUGUUUUAAUGCUGACAUGUUUUUAAUGAACUUGAUGAGGACAGGAUAUUGGAUUUGAUUUACGGUAAUCAUGAGCGCUUUCAAUUUUUAUGUUUUUUUAUAUUUUGUUGUUGUGUAAGUUGCCUUUUAUCUCUUUAAAUCCACAAUAAAGAAGAAACAAACUUGACCCCAAACCUAUUCAAAACAUCCAUGUUUUGUAAAUAUUCUGCUGUAUUUUACCUGUUUAUGUGUGUGUUAUCAGGGACUUGUUUACAAACAUAAGUGAAACUGGUCAGCCACCACACAUAUGUCCAGGUGGCUCUAUACAGUCUUUCCAUCUUUAAAUUGUCUUUUUAACAUAUGAACUUGUGCUGUGUUUGGUGUGUCCUUGCUGAUUAUGUUGGAAGAAACAACCCC